CAGAAACGCCGGUUUCUGCGGUCCACAAAGUUUCCAAUAUGAGUUCCCGAUACGACCGUGCUAUCACCGUUUUCUCGCCUGAUGGUCAUUUAUUCCAAGUAGAAUAUGCACAGGAAGCCGUGAAGAAAGGGUCUACUGCCGUUGGUGUCAAGGGAAAAGGUAUAGUUGUUUUAGGAGUAGAAAAGAAAGCAGUUGCAAAGCUUCAGGAGGACAGGACUGUGCGUAAAAUUGCUCUCAUCGAUGACCACGUCGCCCUUGCAUUCGCUGGUUUGACUGCAGAUGCCAGGAUUCUGAUCAACAGAGCACGUACAGAAUGUCAAAGUCACAAACUUAUAGUGGAGGAUCCAGUCACACUGGAGUAUAUCACGCGACACAUAGCUCAACUAAAACAGAAAUAUACCCAGAGUAAUGGCCGGCGACCAUUUGGACUCUCAGCACUGAUAAUUGGUUUUGACUAUGAUGGAACACCUCAUCUGUACCAAACUGACCCCUCAGGCACAUACCACGAGUGGAAGGCGAACGCCAUUGGUCGUAGUGCUAAGCCUGUCCGAGAGUUCCUCGAGAAACACUACACAGAGGAGGUAGCCGGCAGUCAGGAAGAGUGCAUCAAACUGGCCCUCAAGGCCCUGCUUGAAGUCGUUCAGUCAGGUGCCAAAAAUGUUGAGCUGGCCAUCAUGAAGGAAAACGAACCUCUCAAGAUGUUAGAACUGGAAGAAGUAGAAAAAUUCAUCGCAGAAAUAGAACGAGAGAAAGAGGAAGAAGCAGAUAAAAAGAAACAAAAGAAAUGAAAUGACCAGUUAUCAACACCACACAAACUCUAGUAUAAUAAUCAUGUGAUAUCACUAACACUUCAAGUGUUUUCAGCUUCGAUCUACGAAAAAGUGCUAGUAAUUUCUAUGCAUGCUGAAAAUUGAUUCAUUAAUUUUCAAUAUGUACUGAAAUAUCAUUUUCAUGAAUAAAUGUUCACUUUAUCUGUU